AUGUCUACAGAGGAUUUCUACUUACGUUACUAUGUCGGCCACAAGGGUAAGUUCGGCCAUGAAUUUCUGGAGUUUGAGUUUCGGCCAGACGGCAAGCUACGCUAUGCCAACAAUUCCAACUAUAAAAACGACACAAUGAUCCGGAAAGAGGCUUUCGUGCAUCAAUCUGUUAUGGAAGAGUUGAAAAGAAUUAUACUAGAUUCAGAAAUUAUGGCCGAAGACGAUUCGCCAUGGCCGCCACCGGAUCGUGUGGGUAGACAGGAGCUGGAAAUUGUCAUAGGCGAUGAACACAUAUCCUUCACUACAUCAAAAACAGGUUCACUUGUAGAUGUGAAUCGUUCAAAGGAUCCGGAGGGUUUACGUUGUUUCUACUAUUUGGUGCAGGAUUUAAAGUGUUUGGUGUUUUCACUUAUUGGUUUGCAUUUCAAGAUUAAACCUAUAUAAAUUGACUUGAAUCAGUGUAAAAGUGUAGCAUUAAUUAUAUUUAAUUUCCAUUUUGUAUUGAACAAAAAAAUAAAUUAAUUAAACAUCUCAAUUGAAAUAUAUACG